AGCGUUGAGUUUCACGAAAGAGGUUUCAGACAUCAGUUGAAUGUGAAGAGAAAACUACAAGACUUACAAAGAAAGGGAUCAAAACAAGUGAUAGAAGAGAAUAAAUACAACUUAGAAAUGAUGAAAAUAGAGAGUCAGGCGCUGAAGGCCUUCCAAUCGGAUGUCACACAAAACCCCGAUUUGGGCAAAGAGUUGGCCACAAAUGUGUCGCUCUUUAAGAAGAGCAACAGAACUGAAUCGACGGCAAAACCCAUGUCUUCGCGUUAUGGCGACGACGACUCGACAACCGGUGAGGAGAGCACUACUCUUGUGGUCGGACGACAACGAGCUCUCGAAACGAUCGCUAAGAAGAUGGAGAAGAAGAGCAAAUGGUUAGAGAGAAAGACAACCGAAGGGAAGACAUAUUACGUGAAUAAAGAGACAUUCGGUACUAAUUAUAUCAACCGUUGA